AUGUUUAUUCAGCCGGGCGCGACCAUUGCAAAGGGCAGCGGCAUGAUCCGAACGCUAAAAGCGUUUUAUCAAAUGCACGUGCGUUGAAAAUACCCCCCUUCCGUUUCAGGUGGUAGGUUUUUCUUGAGCGGGGAGGGAAGUCUUUUCCUUCUCCAGAUAAUGCUUAUUAUCCAUUAAACUAUAUCAAUAUGAAUUUCAUUGGCCGUCUGUUAAAGACGAAUAAUGCCUCCUACUGCCGACUCUUCGACUUCCAGUCAACGUUCAUUUGGAUAUAAAAAAAAGGGCUGUCGAAAAGUAUAUGCUAAUACCCUUAAGAAAAUCAGCAAAGGCGAAAUUCGGAAACUAGCUCGCAGAGGAGGCGUAAAACGUAUAUCGGAAGGCAUAUAUGAACUGGUAAGAAGUAUUUUAAAAAUUUAUUUGAGCAAUCUAAUUCAUGAUUCCAUUCUGUAUGCAAAUCAUUGCAAAAGAAAUACAAUAAAUGCAUCUGAUGUUGUAUUUGCAAUGCAAAAGAGAUCCAAAACUCUUUACGGCUUUGGAGAACCACUAGAAAAGCUCCAAGGAAGAAUCAACGACCCCGAAGAUGAUGCCGAUCUGUCGGAAUUUCAGGAAAUUAUGAAUACCCUCACCGAUACCGGAGAAGUUUCGGAAUCUGUAACGCUGACUGUAGAUUCGAGUCAAGAAACUGAAGUGGCAACAGAUGCUAAAAAUGUGUCAGAAUUUCAGUCUAUUUUAGAUGACAUGCCUCUUAUCUUGGACUCUUUCGAUUCUGAUUUAACACUUUCUCCGUCUCUGCUUUGUAACACUGAUGAAAAUCCCUAAGGUACCACACAAGUACGUAGUUUUAAAUCAUUUCUUC